GGUUGUUCUUCGCAGAAUCAGAUGGCAUGAAACUUCAAAGUGAUUUUUUUAUUAUGAACCAUUUGAAACAAAUCCAUGCCCACACCCUCCGUAAUGGCAUAGAUUUCACCAAGUUUCUAAUCACCAAGCUUCUACAAAUCCCCAACAUCUCUUACGCUCACAAACUCUUCCACCUUAUUCCUCAACCAACUGUCUUCCUCUACAACAAACUCAUUCAAGCUUUCUCUUCACAUGGCCCUUCCCAUACAUGUUUUCUGCUUUACACCCAAAUGUGCCUUAAUCGUUGCUCCCCUAAUCAGCACACCUUCACCUCCCUCUUCGCUGCUUCCGCCACUCUUCACUCCCUACCCCAAGGUCUUAUGCUUCAUGCCCAUCUCAUUAAAUUGGGUUACGAGUUUGAUCUUUAUGCGUCCACAGCUUUAGUCGACAUGUAUGCCAAACUGGGCUUCUUACCUUCUGCACGCCAAGUGUUUGACAAAAUGGAAAUGAGAGACGUGCCCACUUGGAAUUCUUUGGUAGCAGGGUACGCAAGAAACGGGGAUAUGGAGGGUGCAUCCAAACUGUUUGAUGAAAUGCCUGUAAAAAAUGUCGUUUCUUGGACUGCUAUGAUAUCUGGGUACUCACAGAACGCGAAAUACGCGACUUCUCUAAAGUUGUUUCUUGAAAUGGAGAAAGUGAAAGGUAUUCAGCCAAAUGAAGUGACGAUAGCUAGUGCUCUUCCAGCCUGUGCCAAUCUUGGAGCAUUGGAGGUUGGACAAAGGAUUGAAAGCUAUGCACGGGCUCGAGGAUACUUCAAGAAUUUGUUCGUGUGCAAUGCAUUACUGGAAAUGUAUGCCAGAUGUGGUCGGAUCGAUAAGGCUACGGCCAUAUUUGAAGAAAUUGGUGCAAGGAGAAACUUGUGCUCUUGGAAUACUAUGCUCGUGGGUUUGGCUGUCCAUGGAAAAUCUAAUCAAGCUCUUCAGCUAUUCCACCAAAUGCUGGGAGAAGGCACAGCACCAGAUGACGUGACAUUCGUGGGAGCAAUCCUCGCGUGCACCCAUGGAGGGAUGGUGAAGAAGGGCCGAGAGCUCUUCAAAUCAAUGAAGAAUGAUUUCUCCAUAAAUCCCAAACUUGAACACUAUGGAUGCAUGAUUGAUCUUCUUGGCCGUGCUGGAGAACUACGAGAAGCCUACAAUCUUGUACAAUCUAUGCCAAUGAAACCCGAUUCAGUAGUCUGGGGAACCCUGCUAGGGGCAUGCAGUUUGUAUAAUAAUGUUGAACUAGCUGAGAUUGCAGCCGAACAUCUCUACAAGCUAGAGCCGUGGAACCCGGGCAAUUAUGUAAUUUUAUCCAAUAUAUACGCUAAUACUGGCCGGUGGGAUGGAGUUGCUAAGCUAAGGAAGAUGAUGAAGGGUUCUCGAAUCAUAAAGGCAGCCGGGUAUAGCUUCAUUGAAGAAGGAAAUCAAGUGUAUAAGUUCAUUGUAGAUGAUAGAUCACAUCCGAGAUCCGAUGAAAUCUACUGGAUACUAAACGAAGUUUCUUUAAAGAUGAAGCAGCAUCAUGAAGAUGCAACCAUUUUCGAAUGUUUUGGCUGAAAAUUCGUUCUUUAAAUCCAUGAUCUUCUGACAGGUUUUUAAGCAUUUUUAUGUAUGGAAGUGAUAUUUUUCUGUCAAGCAGUGACAUUCUAAACCUGAACCAGAUGUCAUCCU